AUGGAGAGACGGGAAGACAUCUUCCACCAUGGCUGCAGCAUCGCUAAGCAGACGAUCCUUACAACCCAUCCUAGUGGUCUUCAAACCAGGGUUUCUGUAGAACUUGCCAAUUUUGAUGCUCUUUGUCUUCAUUCUGAGUGCAAAACAAAAAAAUGGGAGAGCCCUUUUAUGGGCAGGCGCGGUCUUUUGGGAGGCGUGUCUGCGAAUGUUACACCGGUGUUAGGUAGACGAAGUGAUGCGGUGAAUGAAGGCAGGCUUUCACAGCAAUGCACGCCGGUGAUGAGAAGGCGAGAGCUAGAAAGUCCAGGAGGUUCUCCAUUGCCGAUUCGACGAGAGUUUGAAGAGGAGAUUUGUGAUGUGGAUAACAGUGUUAUUAGCGGCUGGCUCAAGUUUAGAGACAACAAACGGGUAAGUGUACACCAUUAUACC